AUUUGAAUGUGUUUUAUGGUAAAACUAUAUUUUUUUCAGGUGUCCUUGAAUGAGGGAGCUCAUCAGCUAAGGUUGUAUGCCCAGGGACCCAAUGGCGUGGACCCCCUCACAGAAUCCUGCCUGCGUGAUGCUGGUACAAGGAUCAUACCCUGUGCCUCAGUUCUUGUCAGACUUGUCAAAGUUACCAGAGGCUCUGGUGGAAAGGCCCUAGAAUCGAGUAAAGUUCCAAAGGGAGACUGGCUACGUAUGGGAUUAUGGCAGCCACGUCCAAAAUACUCGGACCGUGUAUACUACUCCACAAAGGCCAUGCCAACACGCGGGGAGACUCGGCUAUUCCACAGUAUGAUGAGACGGACAAGGAGAACGAUUCGAGAAGUUAUAGCCCUCGUUGCCUCGGCUAAGGAAAGCUUCCUGAGAAGUGAUAAAAACAUGGAAGAAUAUAUCAGAAAUCAGUUGACCAAAACGCCAGAUACAAAAACGUUGGAGCAAGAUCUCAACUUCGUUUGUCAGUAUAGUCCUAAACAUGGAAUAAAGGUAGCAAUAGACAGUGCAGUAAACCUGCCAUGGUCAAACUUCACCCAUGCCCACAUGUGUCUUAAUCCACCAGCUGCCUUCUAUCUGGGUGCUCCUCAUGCAACUUACGACAAGUUGACAUUUACAGAACUUCUGGAUGUCCGCAGUACAAACACCUCACCCCAGUGGAAAGAUGGCUUCAAGCAUUUUCCCCGCCGUUCGUAUCAUCGUUUCCUCACCAUGAUCAUCCAUCUACAAGAAAUCUCAGUCAGUGUAGCGAAGGAAAACUACAAAUAUGGUCUCCUAGAGCAGGCUUGGACAGCAGUGCAAAUAUUUACGGAUAAGUAUUGUACAACACAGGCAUUCCAACUUCCUUUGUUUGCUGGUUCCCCCUCACAGACGAUACUCAAACAGUUGGCACGGGAACCAUGCAAGGAAUGGAUGGAGAGGAACAUCAGAAAUAAUGGGAUACAUUUGUUAAAGGGAUCGGCCAUAUUUGUACGUGUAGCAGAUGCUCGGAGAGACGAUGAACUUGUUUCAGAUAUUUCGCACAACAAACUGGUUGAAGUGAACACAGACUAUAUCCCAGUUGGUCUGGAGGAAAGUUAUUCUCGAGAGAGGCCCGGUAAACCUCUCGAGUCUUUGGUACCUGUUGGAAAAACACCGGAACAAUUCGUAGAUAAUCUCAAGGUCAAGUUCAAGAGUCUUGUAUACAAGUUAUACGAGGAAGGUAAUGUAAACAAGUAACAAAGGUCAAGAUGACUAGAAGUAGGUCAGUUGCAGUAACCAAACGGAGGUUUCCAUAGCAACUAGAACAAAAGAUUAGCAAGCAACAAUAU